AUGCGGUCGGCAUCGACAUUCCUACUUGGGAUCACGCUGGCCUCCGGUGUAAUCCCCAUAGCAGCUUGGGAAGACCUCUCUGACCCCAAUCUCUUCUACCGAUCCGUGUCUCUCUUCGACGAUCGACCCUCCGACUGCCCUCCGUGCUUCAACUGUCAAUUAGAUUCCUAUAACUGCACCCAGUUCUCAGCUUGCAAUGGAUACAACGGCAAAUGUUCCUGUCCCGCUGGCUUCGGGGGAGACGACUGCUCGGUGCCUACCUGUGGGUCUCUAGCUGAUGGCGAAAACCGUCCACCGCGGACUGGCGAUAAAUGUGACUGCAAGGAGGGCUGGGGUGGCAUCAACUGCAAUGUUUGCCAAGAAGACAGCGCUUGCGAUGCCAUGAUGCCCGAAGGCAAAGAUGGAGUGUGUUAUAAGGAAGGUGUUACCGUUAAGGAGAACUUUCAAAUGUGCGAUGUGACGAAUAAGAAGAUCAUGGAUCAACUCGGUAACAAGAAGCCGCAAGUGACUUUCUCUUGCGAAGCUGAGGAUCAUACGUGUAACUUCCAGUUCUGGGUGGAUAACAAGGAAUCCUUUUACUGUGCCCUUGAUACCUGCACCUGGGAUAUGGAGUCUGAGGUUGAUGCGAACACAACCAGUUACAGAUGUGAGAGUCUCCAGUGCAAAUGUGUUCCAGGUCGUUUUCUCUGUGGCGAGAAUGGAUCUAUCGACCUUGGCGCAUUCCUUGAUCAAGAGAUCAAAGGUCCGGCUUCUUUUGAAACCAAAUCGACUACUCAAGGGAGCAAGAGUAUCUUCUCCGAGCCCAAUAUGAACAAUCUUAUCAGUUCAGUCUUCGGCGAUCCAAGCAUCAGUCUGACUUGCAAUUCGGGUGAGUGUUUGUAUAGGACCGAUUUGCCAGGUUAUAAACGCCCCAUCAAGAAAAUCAACACACCGCUUAUUGCUAGUGUCAUUGCUGGCUGUGCUUUGUUUGUUGUCGCUGUCAUCUUGGGUAUAUGGUACCUGUCACGCCGGGCGGCAAGCCGUGGUUAUCUUCGCUUGGCCCUUUCCGAUGACUCGGAUGAUGACUCGGCAAGACUACUGGCGGAACACCGACCCGCAGCUAUGUACUGGGAUAAUGUAUCUUACUAUCUAAACGGAAGACAGAUUCUUUCGGGGAUUCAAGGUGCAUCGUCCCCCGGACAAAUCACGGCAAUCAUGGGUGCCUCCGGUGCUGGAAAAACAACCUUCCUAGAUAUUCUAGCUCGGAAGAAUAAGCGCGGUGCAGUUCAAGGCAACUUCUAUAUCAACGGAGAGAAAAUAAGCGAUAAUGACUUCAAGAGCAUGGUUGGUUUUGUUGAUCAGGAAGACACUAUGCUGCCUACCUUGACCGUCCACGAGACUAUCCAAACCAGUGCCCUUCUGAGAUUGCCUCGGGAUAUGAGUCGAGCGGCUAAAGAGCAGAGGGUUUUGGAAGUCGAGAAGCAGCUUGGAAUUUACCAUAUCAAAGACCAGCUGAUCGGAUCGGAAGAAGGCAAGGGUCGCGGAAUCUCUGGUGGCGAGAAACGCCGAGUUGGAAUUGCUUGUGAGCUGGUCACCAGCCCAAGCAUUUUGUUUUUGGACGAGCCCACAAGUGGACUGGAUGCUUACAAUGCCUACAAUGUCGUUGAGUGUCUGGUUACUCUAGCUAAAACUUACAACCGAACCGUCAUUUUCACCAUUCACCAACCGCGCUCGAAUAUCGUUGCACUUUUUGAUCGGCUUAUUUUGCUUGCGGGUGGUCGCACCGUUUACUCCGGGCUGUUCUCGACAUGUCAGCGGUAUUUCGAUCAAAUUGGGUACUCUUGUCCUCCAGGCUUCAACAUUGCGGAUUACCUCGUUGAUCUGACCAUGCAUGCGGGCUCGUCGAGCUCAUUCACGGAUGAAGUUGAGUCCACUGGACGUCCGCCUAAGACCGCCUCAAGUAGUCUGAGAGCCAUCAAGUCCGUUGCUAGCGUGUCCAAUGUCAGUAUUGAGGAGUCUUCUAGCAGUGUGGCAGAGUCAGGGAAACGACCUAAGAACAAGCGCCGUGUUUCUGUGAAGCAACAGCAAGAACGUCAACUCUUCUCGCGACGCAAGGAUGCAAAGGACUCCGAACGCCCAACCACCCCGAAGACUGAUGAAGAAGAUGCUACUCUUGACGUGGCCGAGAACACCCAGCAAUGGCUUCGCCUUUCUCGCCAACAGGGCAACGUUCCAGCGCAAAUUCUUGAUGAUCCUGAUCAGCUUCCACCCCCGGCACCUGGUCAAACUGAUCUGGAUAUUCUUGUUGCGAGCUACGAGGAUUCUGAUGUCUACCACUCCGUCCACGAUGAGAUUGUGAAGGCAACGCGAAGUGCGGAAGCUGCCAAUGGUUCGCAAAACUCUCACCUGGAAGGCUCAGUCCAACCCAAGAGCUUUGCCCGUGUCAGCCUACCUCGUCAAUUCCUCAUUCUGUCUCAACGCACCUGGCGCAAUCUUUACCGUAACCCAAUGCUGAUGCUCACCCAUUACGCAAUCUCUAUUCUUCUCGCUGUGCUCUCGGGCUACCUCUUCUACGGCCUAACCGACGAUAUCAAGGGUUUCCAGAACCGACUGGGUCUUUUUUUCUUUAUCCUUGCCCUGUUUGGCUUCAGUACCUUGACAAGUCUAACUGUGUUUUCAACUGAACGUUUGUUGUUCGUCCGCGAGCGAGCCAAUGGCUACUACCACCCGAUUACCUAUUUUGCGUCCAAGGUCAUCUUCGACAUUGUGCCUCUGCGCCUCAUUCCGCCCAUCAUAAUGGGCAUCAUUGUUUAUCCUAUGACUGGUUUGAUUCCCGCAUGGCCCGAGUUCCUUCGAUUCAUGCUAGUCUUGGUGCUUUUCAACCUUGCGGCUGCCAAUAUUUGUCUCUUUAUUGGCAUUAUCUUCCGCGAUGGUGGAGUUGCCAACUUGAUUGGUAGCUUGGUAAUGCUCUUCAGCUUGCUAUUUGCCGGUCUCCUACUGAACCACGAUGCAAUCCCCGAGUCUGCUUUGUGGUUGCAAAGCCUUUCCAUCUUCCAUUAUGGUUUCGAGGCUCUUAUCGUAAACGAGGUCACUUUCCUCACCUUGAUCGACCAUAAAUACGGCUUGGAUAUUGAAGUCCCUGGUGCCUCGAUCUUGAGUGCCUUUGGUUUUAAUACGCUUGCCUAUUGGCAGGAUGUCAUCGGCCUAGCUGUCAUCGCAGGGGCUUUUAUCAUCAUUGCAUACGCAGCGAUGCAUUUCCUUCUUGUCGAGAAGCGUUAG